UAUGAGACUGGCGGCGGGACGCGGCUGCCGCGGCUGCGGGGCUCGGGGGGGCGGAGCCGCCCCGGGUGCCGCCGCAGCCCCGGUCGGGAUUUGAAAGAUUGAAAACUCCCGGUGGAGAGGGAGGCGGCGUUGAAUGUGUGGCGAAAGCGCUGGGGGUCACGGCUCCGCGCCCGGCCCGGCAGCCGGCGGCGUCUCCACAGCAUGAAUUACCCGGGCCGCGGCUCUCCGCUCAGCCCCGAGCAUAACGGCCGGGGCGGCGGCGGCGCCUCCUGGGAGCUGGGCUCGGAUGCGGAGCCGGCGUUCGGCAGCAGCGUCCGCUGCUUCGACCACCUGACCGCUGGGGACCCGGGCGACGAUGAAGUGCCCCUGGCCCUGCUGCGCGGGGAGCCAGGGCUGCAUUUGGCGCCGGGCGCAGAGGACCACAACCACCACCUGGCGCUGGAUCCCUGCCUCAGUGACGAGAACUAUGACUUCAGCUCCGCCGAGUCGGGCUCCUCGCUGCGCUACUACAGUGAGGGCGAGAGCGGUGGCGGCGGCAGCUCCUCGUCACUUCACCCGCCGCAGCAGCCGCCGCUGGUCCCGUCGAACUCGGGGGGCGGCGGGGCGGCCGGAGGGGGCCCCGGGGAGAGGAAGCGCAUCCGGCCCGGCGGCGCCGCCGCCCGGCACCGAUACGAGGUAGUGACGGAGCUGGGCCCGGAGGAGGUGCGCUGGUUCUACAAGGAAGACAAGAAGACUUGGAAACCCUUCAUCGGCUACGACUCGCUCCGCAUCGAGCUCGCCUUCCGGACCCUGCUGCAGGCCGCGGAUGCCCGGGCCCAGGCCCAGGACCCGGAGGGCGAUCAUGCGGGCGGCCCACCCUCCGCUUCUGGCCGGGCCUCCGGCUCCCUGGAGGACCACGAGGGGGACCGCGUCUGCGGCUUCUGUCCGCGCAUUACCGGGCACGGGCGCGAGAUGGAGGAGCUGGUGAACAUCGAGCGGGUGUGUGUGCGGGGCGGCCUCUACGAGGUGGAUGUGAACCAAGGAGAAUGCUACCCGGUGUACUGGAACCAGUCCGAUAAAAUACCAGUAAUGCGUGGACAGUGGUUUAUUGAUGGUACUUGGCAGCCUCUAGAAGAAGAAGAAAGUAAUUUAAUUGAGCAAGAACAUCUUAGCUGUUUUCGAGGUCAGCAGAUGCAAGAAAGUUUUGAUAUAGAUGUGUCAAAACCUAUAGAUGGAAAAAAUGUUGUCUACCACAUCCCUCCCUUCUCCCUCCCUUCUCUGUUCAAAUGGAGAGGAUAUAAGGAGAGUACAGAUGCAGCAGGUCUUAAACGAAAGCGUUCCGAAGCUAUCCAUAGUUUCAAGUUGAGUCGAAACCAUGUGGACUGGCACAGUGUGGAUGAAGUAUAUCUCUAUAGUGAUGCAACAACAUCUAAAAUUGCAAGAACAGUUACUCAAAAACUGGGAUUUUCUAAAGCAUCAAGUAGUGGGACCAGACUUCAUAGAGGUUAUGUAGAAGAAGCCACAUUAGAUGACAAGCCAUCUCAGACUACCCAUAUUGUAUUUGUUGUGCAUGGCAUUGGGCAGAAAAUGGACCAAGGAAGAAUUAUCAAAAAUACAGCCAUGAUGAGAGAGGCAGCAAGAAAAAUAGAAGAAAGACAUUUUUCCAACCAUGCAACACAUGUUGAAUUUCUGCCUGUUGAGUGGCGGUCAAAGCUUACUCUGGAUGGAGACACUGUUGAUUCCAUUACUCCAGACAAAGUACGAGGUUUAAGGGACAUGUUAAACAGCAGUGCAAUGGACAUAAUGUAUUAUACAAGCCCACUUUAUAGAGAUGAACUAGUUAAAGGCCUUCAGCAAGAGCUGAAUCGAUUAUAUUCCCUUUUCUGUUCUCGGAAUCCAGACUUUGAAGAAAAAGGGGGUAAAGUCUCAAUAGUGUCACAUUCCUUGGGGUGCGUAAUCACUUAUGACAUAAUGACUGGCUGGAAUCCAGUUCGCUUGUAUGAACAGUUGUUGCAGAAGGAAGAAGAGUUGCCUGAUGAACGAUGGAUGAGCUAUGAGGAACGCCAUCUUCUUGAUGAACUCUAUGUAACCAAACGACGGCUGAGAGAAAUAGAAGAACGGCUACAUGGAUUGAAGGCAUCAUCUGUGACACAAACACCUGCCUUAAAAUUUAAGGUUGAGAAUUUCUUCUGUAUGGGAUCCCCACUGGCAGUUUUUUUGGCGCUGCGCGGCAUCCGCCCAGGAAACACUGGAAGUCAAGACCAUAUUUUGCCCAGAGAGAUUUGUAACCGAUUACUAAACAUUUUUCAUCCAACAGAUCCAGUGGCUUAUAGAUUAGAACCGUUAAUACUGAAACACUACAGCAACAUUUCACCUGUCCAGAUCCACUGGUAUAAUACUUCCAAUCCUCUACCUUAUGAGUGUAUGAAGCCAAGCUUUCUUCACCCAGCAAAAGAACCUACCUCAGUUUCAGAGAAUGAAGGUAUUUCAACAGUACCAAGCCCUGUGACCUCACCAGUCUUGGCCCGCCGACACUAUGGGGAAUCUAUAACAAAUAUAGGCAAAGCAAGUAUAUUAGGGGCUGCAAGCAUCGGAAAGGGACUUGGAGGAAUGUUGUUCUCAAGAUUUGGACGUUCAUCUACAUCACAGCCAUCGGAGACAAGAGACGCUGUAGAAGACGAGAAGAAACCGGUCACCUCACCUCCUACGACCACGGUGGCAGUGCAGACACUUCCACAUAGUAGCUCUGGCUUUCUUGACUCUGCAUAUUUCAGACUUCAAGAAUCGUUCUUUAAUCUCCCACAACUUCUUUUUCCGGAAAAUGUAAUGCAGAAUAAAGAUAAUACCCUCGGGGAAUUGGAUCACAGAAUUGAUUUUGAACUCAGAGAAGGCCUUGUGGAGAGUCGCUAUUGGUCAGCUGUCACGUCGCAUACUGCCUAUUGGUCGUCCUUGGAUGUUGCCCUCUUUCUUUUAACCUUCAUGUAUAAACAUGACAAGCAUGACAAUAAUGCAAAACCCAAUUUAGAUCCAAUCUGAACUCCUGAAGGACAUUAGUGGCCCCAAACUGACUUUUUUCUGUUAAAAUAUGUAUGUCAAGAUAUGAAAGUUUGAAGUUUAAAUACGUCUCAGUUUUGUUUAGGGCAAGAAGAUUUUAAUUUAAAAGCACUUUAUAUUAUUUAAAAACAAAACAUAUGUUCAGUCCGAAAAAAGUUAUUUAGUUUUCAUCAUUUUAAUUAUGAGUCUGACAGAACCCCCUACAGAAUCAAGCAAGACCUGGAAGUGAGGAAGGUUUGGGUGGACUGCAGGGUUCUAAUCACAACCUAACUUCUUCCAAAUAUAAAGGCAUAGUAAUGGGUUGAAUCUAAUUUACUAACCAAAAUGUGUUAUAAAUCUCAAAUGCUUAAGGUUCAGGGUAUUCUGUAUAAAGAUCACAACGUGGUAUCAUUGUUUUAGAUUUUUAUGAAAGCUUCCAUUUCCACAGUUCCUUUGAAACAUGAAUAUAACAGAUUUAAAAUGUUUUGAAUUUGUUUCAAAGAACUAAUGCUAAAAAACAUUUGAGCUACUGUAUUUCUAAUUUAUUACCUCUGACUAAUUGCUUUAUGUCAUUGUGUGAAACAUUACAUUUUUUAAAUAUUUCCUUUGAACAAUAUAAGAACCACAUUUAUUUUCUAUAGUGUUAAGACCCUUUUUUCUCAGAACUCCAUCUUUGUACUCUUCAGAUGAAUAUAUAGACACUGUGGCAUACUUUCAGUAUUUUUUUCAUUAAAAACUUAUAGUUUCACACAA